AUGAAGCUCCGUACGACCUCCAAGCUCUUUGCUGGAGCGGCGCUACUUCAAGCGGUCACUGCCAUUGAGCCGGCGCGUCAACCGCACCAGCCCACCGGCAAUGGCGACAAGAUCCUCACUUGGAACGAGACCAUGAUCAGCAAAGCAUUCGGCGCGAGCUCGGUAUCCGUAAGCUGGCUGUCAGGCGGCGAGGACGGUCAAUACAUCUACGCGGCCGAUGAUGGGGCGCUGAUUCUUGAGAACUUCAUCACGGGCGAGAACUCAACCUUUGUGUCUGCCGACAUGAUCCCCUCUGGCAUGGUCGAGUACUGGCUCCGCUCCGACCUAUCCAAGGUGCUCUUUGCUACGAAUUACACCAAGCAGUACCGCCACUCGUACUUUGCAGACUACUCAAUCCUCGAUGUCGAUUCUGGCGACCUGACCCCGCUGGUGGAGGACCAGGUUGGCGAUAUUCAGUACGCCGAGUUUGCGCCCGCGGGCGAUGCUAUCGCGUUCGUGCGCGGUAACAACUUGUUCCUCAAAAAGAACGGUACCAUAUCGCAGACCACGGACGACGGGUCGCUGGACAUGUUCAAUGGUGUGCCUGACUGGGUAUACGAGGAGGAGAUAUUCGGCAGCCGCUCCGCUAUCUGGUUUUCGCCAGAUGGUGAGGUGCUCACAUACCUGAGCUUCAAUGAGACGGGUGUCGAGACAUUCACCGUGCAGUACUUCAUGGACAACAUGGAGAUUGCGCCCGUCUAUCCCGAUAACCUCGAGUUACGAUAUCCCAAGGUCGGCACCAAAAAUCCGACGGUGGCCAUGACCCUUCUGAUGAUUGAAAGCGAGGAGAAGGUGUCAGUGCCAAUGGACGCGUUUGAGUCGGAUGACUUGAUCAUUGGUGAGAUUGCUUGGGUUACAGAAGAUCACAGCAGUGUCAUCUACCGUGCCUUCAACCGUGUUCAGGAUAUGUCGAAGCACGUACGCGUCGACGUUGGCAAUGGGGUCACCACCUUGGUUGUUCGUGAACGAGAUGGAACCGAUGGAUGGCUUGACAACAAUCUGGGCAUUCAGUUCGUAGGGCCUGUCAAUGGGUCAAGCAGCAGCUACUAUGUUGAUCUCUCAGACGAGUCUGGGUGGCAACAUAUCUACCUGUAUGCUGCCGAUGGUUCAAGCACGACUGCGCUCACCGAGGGGGAGUGGGAGGUAGUGAGCAUUUUGAAGAUCGACACCGAGCGCGAAUUGAUAUACUUCACUUCGACUCAGGGCGACAGCACCGAGCGACACAUCUAUUCGGUCUCGUAUUCCACCUUGGAGACUAAAGCACUUGUUGAUGAUACCAUUCCAGCUUACUGGAGCGCUUCAUUUUCUUCGGGCGGCGGGUAUCACAUCCUCAGCUAUCAAGGCCCUGACGUACCAUACCAGGAGCUCUACGCUGCCAACGACACCGCGGCCCCUCUGAGAACUAUCAGUUCGAACGAGGAGCUAUGGAACACGCUUCAAGAGUAUAAUCUGCCCAACGCCACGUACUUCAAGCUUGAGCACCCAGAUGGGUACUCGAUGAACGUCAAGGAGGUCCUACCGCCCAACUUCGACCCUGCCAAGAAAUACCCGGUGCUCUUUACAUCCUACGGUGGCCCCGGCGCUCAAGAAGUCCUGAAAUCCUUCGACACGCCGAACUGGAACGCAUACAUCACCUCGGACCCAGAGCUCGAAUUCAUCACGUACACGGUGGACAAUAGAGGCUCGGGAUACCAGGGCAGAGCCUACCGCUCGCUUGUGGCUUCGCAUCUAGGCGAUUUUGAAGCCGCUGACCAGAUCUGGGCGGCACAAGAACUAUCGUCUCAGCACUCAUUCAUCGACACCAGCAAGGUCGGCAUCUUCGGCUGGUCGUACGGCGGAUACCUGUCGUCCAAGGUGGUUGAGGCGGACUCGGGCGUAUUCACGCUUGGGCUGAUCGUGGCGCCCGUCAGCGACUGGCGCUUCUACGACAGCAUGUACACAGAGCGGUACAUGAAGACGUCGCAGACGAACCCGGACGGCUACAACAAGACGGCGGUGCGCAACCCGGAGGGCUUCAAGAACAUCGUCGGUGGCUUCUCCAUCAUGCAUGGGCUGGGCGACGACAAUGUCCACUAUCAGAACACCGCCGCGCUGGUGGACCUGCUGGUCGGCGCGGGUGUCCCGCCCAUCAAGAUGCAGUGGCGGACGUUUACGGAUAGCGAUCAUUCGAUCAGCUAUCAUGGCGCUACGACGUAUCUCUACAAGUUCAUGACCGAGCUGCUGUAUCGCGAGAAGAUACGCACAGAUGAAGGGCUGGCACACCAGUGGACCAGAAGGGCCAAGGAGUGGCUCAGGGGUUAG